GAUGAUAAUGUUUUGCACUCUCCAUUUACUUGUUAUUUCAAUAUACUUUAUUUUGUUACUUUGAUAUAUAAUUUUAUAUCACUUUAUUCUUUUUAAUUAUAUCAAACUAUGUAUGCAUUUUGAAAUAAUAUGUAACAACUAUCCAAACACAAUAUAAUAUUCCACCUAUAACCCUCCUUAUUUUUAUCAUUUUCAUCACUUGUUAUACUUGUCUGUUUUUCCGUUCACUCUCCAAAUUCCCAUUGUAAUUAACUUCCAAACACAAUAUCAAGAAAAUUCUUCUCUUCCCAUAUUUCCUUUUCACAAUAACAGUCCAAAUGAAAAGAGUGAUAAGUAAUGAGUACAGAAGAAGAGACUCUUGUUGAAGCAGCACUGCGAGUUCUGAACACAGCUGACCCUGUUGAGAAAGCUCGCAUUGGUGACGAAGUAGCUAACAAAUGGCUACAAGGCAUCAUUUCUCAACCUUAUAAUCCAUCUCAAGAACUCCUUGUAGUUCCUGAUCGUCCAGCUCGCCUUACAAAUGUUAAGCUGGUAUCACCAAGUCUCAUGCCAAAGCUUGGGAAAGCAGGAAGCUUGCAGAGUAGACAGGCCAUUGUUCAUAGUCUUGUACACACUGAAAGUUGGGCUAUUGACUUGUCUUGGGAUAUAAUUGCUCGAUUCGGCAAGCAACAGGCAAUGCCAAGAGAUUUUUUCACUGAUUUUGUAAAAGUUGCACAAGAUGAGGGGCGGCAUUUUACUCUACUUGCUGCACGGCUUAAGGAACUAGGCUCAUUCUAUGGAGCUUUACCUGCUCAUGAUGGCCUGUGGGAUUCAGCUAUUGCUACUUCCAAAGAUUUGUCGGCUCGUUUGGCUAUUGAACACUGUGUUCAUGAGGCCAGAGGACUUGAUGUGAUGCCAACAACAAUAUCCCGUUUCCGCAAUGGUGGUGAUAACCAAACGGCUGAGUUAUUGGAGAAUGUGGUGUAUCCAGAAGAAAUAACUCACUGUGCCGCGGGAGUAAAAUGGUUCAAGUAUCUUUGCUUGAGAUUAAGAAAUCCAAAUCUGAGUGACCUUCCUUCAGAAGAGACUACUGAUGUAGACAAUGAAGUGAUCCAAAAGUUCCACUCCACUGUGAGGACAUACUUCAGAGGGCCAUUGAAGCCUCCUUUUAAUGAGCAAGCAAGAAAAGCUGCUGGAUUCGGUCCACAAUGGUAUGAACCUCUUGCUGUUAAAGAUUUCACAGCACUAUGAAGGCCUCUCUCACUGGUUGGAGGUAGCAGGUACCUCGUGAAAUUAGUCCAGGUGUGCAUGAGCUAGCCGGCGCUACGAUACUUAUCGAGUCAAAUUGGAUAUUGAUGAUGGAAUUGUCUUUCUUUUAAAAUUUUCACGAUAUUAAGCACACUUGUUGCCCUAGAUUGUUGGAAACUUUGGUGUUGAGAGGUAUCUUCUAACUAAAUCAUCUGAACGGGGUAACACCACAACAAAAAUUAUUUGAAUCCUUCUAAUCAUUGAGAUUUAUAUUUAUCUAUUUAUCAAUUAAUAUGUAUUGAGCAAUAAUUUCCUUUUUACAGAGAACAGUUGUUUAGUGAUUGCAAAAGAAAUUUGGUUAGCUGUU